AUGCAGGUUGACAGUGGUGUUUACGACUGGUUAAAGGAGCUUAAGUUAGUAUAUGGAAGGGUGAAAUAGUUGCAAAAUUAAAAUAUAAUGAUUAGUGAUGAAUAAGCUAAACUCUUCUAAAACGGAAUACAACUUGGUAAACUUUUAACUCAAAUUACUGACAACUAUAAUGUUAUCAAUGAUGUUGCGAGACUUAAGAACCUUCAAAACCCAUCGACUAGAGUUUAUAAUUGGAAUAUUAUUCAAAACUGCUUAAAAUAAAUAGAUUUUAAGCUAGAAGGUGAAAUAAAGAGUUUAAUAGUUUCAGGAGAUAAUGAAAUGUUGUCAGAUUUACUUAAAGAUCUAUAUAAAACAUUUAAAUUAAAGCCAUAACUAUAGCUUCCAAAUAUAAAUUAGAUCAAUCAAUCCUUUUCGCACAAUAACAGUAGUAUUAGAAGCAUCAACAACGAAAACAGCAUGAACUAUCCAAUUGACUACUUUGAAAACUAAUUUAUUAAUAAUGAAGAAUUAAAUGAUCCAUCCAGAGUAGAUAUUUCAUAAAUUGACAUCAACAAAAGGCUUUCUGACUGCACUUCAUUACUAGAAUUCAUUUUAGUGGGUUUGUGUAAAGAACUAAAUUUAAAACCUAAGCAGGCCGUUGGUUUACUUGCAAAUAAUAAUAAAUAUUUGGCUGUUGGUCUCAUAAAAGGAAUGAAAACAAGUUUUCAACCUCUUUGUAACUGGCUUCAAAAUGUUUAUGUGAACAUCAAAACGGUUUUAGGAUUUAUUGAAAAAGAGGAAUCUGAUCUUUUUAGGUUUCUUGAUAUGAUUAAGCCUGGGUUGCAAUCUUCAAGUGAGCAAGUGGCUCUGUGGUCAACCAGAAUAAUCUCUAAAGUUGCUUUUGAAGUAAGUAACACUGAUAUUCUACCUCAAACAUAUUAAUGGUUUAUUAGAGAAAAUGGAGGACUUUAAUCAUGUAUAUUAUGCCUAAAAAGACAUAAAGUGAUUAAAAUGAAUGUUGUUUAGAUCAUAACACAAAUUGCUAAAUACAAUCUUUCUGAUUUAUUUAUUGUUUAAAUGAGAAAACUAUUUGAAGAUAUUAAAGAAUAUAUAAGGUACAUAUCACUUAUAUUUCCGAAUCUUAUGGAAAUGCAAAAUUACAAAGAAGAGCUCCUUUCAAAUAGAAUUUUAGAUUUUUGGAUUGAGUAAUCUUAAAAAAUAGCAGAUUAUGACCCAAUUAAAAAUAGUGCUAGUGACAGACAGGCAGCCCUGUAGCUACUUUGUGAUUGCUGGAUUACAUAUCCAAGACAUAUUACAGAUAAUUUACAAAUUUCAAUAUAAAUUCUAGAUUUACUGAAAAAAGGAUCAAGAGAUUUCUCUUAAGUCCUCAAGUUUCAUUCAUUGCAAUUACUCUUUGUUUUAUUAGAAAAUUUUGCUAAUCAAAAAAAUCCUUCCACUGCACUCAUAUACAAGAAGCUUACUUUUUCAUUAAUAGAAAACAGCUCAGAUACUAACUUAAGAGAGUUUAUUCUCCGAAAUUUUGCUUAUACAUUUAAGAGAUUUGCUUAAAUGCCUCCUGACGUGCUAUUAGAUCCAUUCAUAAAGUAGAUUUAGUUACGUUCUACAAAUAACAUAUUUACUAUGAACACAUGUGAAGUUGAGUUUUUUACUACUAUUAGUAGUCAUCCUGGACUAAAUUUAAAAACUGCUAUAUAAAUGACAGACAUGCUAAGCAAAAUGUACUUGCAAGAUAUUAUAUGGAGCUAAAGCUUGUUUUAAUCUAUUAAAAACUUGAUUGAUAAAUUCAUAGAGAAUGAAACAUUUUAAGAAUAUACUUUAAAAUUAUCUUAAGCAUCUCUUAACAUGAUUUAAAAUAGCUAUAACUAGCUUCUACAACAGCCAGGUAGAUUCUAACAAGAUUAUACUACAGAAUAAGAGUAAGUUAUUAUCGAAGCAUAGAGAAGGGCACUGAUUAUAGAAUUGAAUAAAUUUAUCCUUGAAAGAGAAGUUCCUAGCUUAAAUAAAGAAAUUAGAGAUUUUGUUGUAAAAGUUUAAUAAGAUCUAUUGGCUACAGGUAUUUAAUACAAAGGAAUAUAUCAGCUAUUAUUGUUCUUUGGAGAUCCUGAUUAAGUAAUUCAAAAAUACAAGGAUGACGAACUUGCAAAAUAAAAAGAUUUUGAGUACAAUCUAUUUUAAAUGUAGCAAAACCAAAAGUCCUCUACUGCUCAUUCUGAUUCAAAUCAAAAGCCUUAACAGUACCUUCGUAAAAACUCUAAUGAAAUAGACUGGGGAGAUGCCUUUGAGUCUUCCCCACGCCAUCCAAAGAUAAAUAAUUAUGCAUAUAACAACAAUUCUUAACUUGGAGCAGAUGGAUCCCCCUCUAUGAGACAAUAUAAUACAAAUACAUAUGGAGCUAAUAGAAUGGAUUUUUAGUAAUUUGAAUAGACUAAUCUUUAACACAUGAAUCAACUAUAAAAAACAAGAGAUCACAAUAUGCCCUUCGAUUCUGUAUAUGAAAAAGAUAAUAAGUAUUCAAGCAUACUAAAUAAAUCUAGAGCUCAUUUAAGUUUAGAAAGAAGAAAAGAUGAAAUUGAUUAAAUAAGAGAAAAGAGAGAAAAUAAAUCUUUACUUAAUGAUUUAGAUAAAUUUUGGAAGUUCUAAAAGGAGUAACAAUUGAAAAAAGAGACUGAGUAAGAAGUAAAUAAAAUCCAUACCAAAUUGAAUGUAGCUAAAUAAAAGCAAACAGACUAAUACGCUCAGUUGGUUUAUCAAGAAAAAGAACUUGAUACAAUUAAAAGCUUAAAUAAGUAUAAAAUAGUCAAAAUUGAGGAGUUAGAGUAAAGAGAUAUAGACUCGUUAGAUAUAGUUAUGAAGCAGUAUGCAAAUACUUUCAAAUUUGUAUUUAGCAGGUACAGUAACAUCCAUAAAAUGUUUAAUAAAAAGAAUGAUUUAUUUUAAGAGUAAAAAAAUACUUCAGAACUAAUUUCUUUCGGGGAUGUUUGGAAUUGCUGUAAAGAUUUUGACCUUCAAAAGUUCGUAAGUAGAGAUGAUGUACUUAAUAUAAUGAAAUAAGUUAACUCCAAUCCUUAAUACACUUUCCUAAAAUACUCUGAUUUUGUUUAAUUUAUAGUUUAACUGUCUAUAUUUAUGUUUAGCUAACCUCCUAAAGAUCUCCGUGGAUAACCAUUAGGCAACCAAUUAAGAGAGCUCUUUUAGACUAUGGCUCUUUAUAAAAAGAAUAAAGGAGUCAAUCCAGCUAUUUUUGAGAAUCCUGAAUGCUUCGCUCCUAACUUAGAUGUUAUGACUAUUAAAUCAUGGAAUAACAGAUUAUUGAAGGAUCCAAAUAUGCCAUUACCAGAUAAUCUGAAGAAGGUUUAAGAAAAGUAGUAUUACUUAAAUAAUAAUUUUGACGGAAAUAAAAUUAUCGGUUUAAGUGAAGGUUAUAUCCUUGCAUAUUCUGUCCUAUAAGAUAUUUUAAAGGAAAACUUUAACAUUUCUAUUGGAGAGAAUAAGAUGAAAAUAGUUAAUAUUGUUUAAGCACGCCCUAAGCCUAUCCCAAGCAUAGUUACAUUGUAAAAAAUAAUACCAAAUAAACAAGAUCCAUAAACUCCUUAGCCUCCUAAAAAAAAUAAUUCUAUGAGUGUAAAAGAUUUAAGAAGUCUCAAACAAUCAAAUAUUUACUAAAGUUUGUGGGUGGAAAAAUAUUCUUAAUAUGGGUUACCAGGCUUACCUAAAUCGAGGAAGGCCAUCUUAAAUUAAGCUGAGAAAAACAGACUGCAAAAGGAAGAAGAAGAAAUAAAAAAGCAGUAGAGUUUAGAUAGAAAAAUGAAACAAAGAAUCAAAGAAGUUGAGCUAUAGAAAGAUGUAAUUGAAGCUUUUAAAGCUAAAAAGAGAUAAGAAGAGCUAGAAAAGGAAUAAAAGAAAAUUUAAGAAAUGGAGAAAGAAAAAGAAAGAUAUUAACGUUAAAGAUUGCAGUAAAUAGCAAUGAAAAAUGAGCUAAAUAAAAAACUUGAAGAAAAAAAAAUUCUUAAAAUGAAGCAAAUUCAAGAUCAGUUAGAAAAACAAUAAGAAUUAGAAAGAAAGAGAAGAGAGUAAAUUGAAGCAAAUAGAUAGAGGGUCGAAUACAGAGAAGGAUAGGUAGAAUUAAGAAACAUGAGAAAAAAAAUAUAGGAUGAUGAAAAAUACCAUAAAGAGUAAGAGAGAUAAUCAUCUUUACAAAACAAGCAUAAGAAUAUCAAUGAGAUUGCUUUAUAAAAAGAAUAGGAUAGGAGAGAUAGAGAAAAUGAAUUUAAGUAUUUAUUUGAAGAACUACAAGCAAAUCCCGAGAUUAGAAAGACAUUAACUGAAAAUUCUCGCAUUCUUUCGACACUCUUUUCUCUUUAUAAGAAUUAUUAAGAUAUCAAAAUUUAAAAUCAGAAAGACACAGAAUAAGUUGAUUAGUUAUCUUACAGAGGAUUUUACUUAAUAUGCUCUCACUUCAAGAUUUUACCACAGAUUAUUAAUUCAGACGAAGUCUCCAAAAUGUACAAUAAUUGUGCUCGUAACAAUUACGAAGGUUAAUAUGGUAUAAUUUAUGAGCAGUUUGAGGAGCUUUUAUUGAGGAUUGCUGUUAAAGGCAGACCAGUGUUUGAUGAGAUUUAAAAAUAUGACUAAGAAGAUCCUGAUAACUUUGGAAUUAAUUAUUAGGAAAUAGUGAAAAGAGAAAUCCAGAAAUUGCAAUAGGAAAAAUUAGAGAGAUUAAAGUUAAAGAAAAAAAAAUAAGAUAAAGAUAAAGACAAAGACAAAAAGAAAAUUCAGCUUGACUUUGUUAAAGAUAAUGUUGAAUAAGUUUCAGUGCAUGACAUUUAAAACUUAAAACUUACAACAGCAGAUUCACUCAAAGGAUUAAUUUUAUAUCUUGAUCUUCCACAAGACAAGCAUGCUCUUUUCUAAUACGUUAAAAACUUAUAAGGAGAAAACUUAGACAACAGAGGCUAAUUUAAUGGAAAUAGUUCUAUUUACAGUAGAGAUCCAUACCAGGGAACCAGAGGGAGAAAUGGUAGUACUUCAAGUUCUCCAAUAAGAGAAAGAACAUCUUCAUUACAACUACAAAAAAAAUACCCCAAAAGCAAAAAAUAUUCUAAUAUAUAAUCAAAAUAUAAAUCUUCUGUAUAAGGAGAUCCUUUUUCUAACAAAAAUUAACAAUAAAGAUCAAAUUCUUAAAUUCCAAAAUGA